AAGCGACGCCGAAGUCCAGGAGACGAUCCACAUUUCCCCGGUUUUGAGAAGGUCCGAGAACAACUGACUAACAAGGCCAGUGUGAAAAAGAAACGCGUAGGAUUAAGCGGUCCCAGUGGACCUCAAGCAAGACCCGGAUCAAAGAUACUGUGUGAUGCAAGCCAAGAGGCAGUCGGUGAGGUGACAAGUGGUUGUCUGUCACCGACACUAGGCCACAAUAUUGCCAUGGCAUAUGUUCGUUCGGAUUUGGCUUCACCGGGACAGAAUUUGCAAGUGGAAAUUCGGGGCAAGCUAUUCCCCUAUUCGGUAACCGCGUUACCAUUCGUUCCAAGCCAUUAUGUUCGUCGACCUAAGUCCAAAUAA